GGCUAUUAAAGUGUCUGUUACUUUUUCAGACUCACUUGAAAAAUUAGGCUGUUUAGUCACUCUUAUAACUUAAAAAACUUUUUUUUAACAAAAGAUCAAAACUAACCAAAAACUAUGGGCUGUAUCCAAAGCUUCAGGCAAUUUUGUGACCGUUCAAAGAAUACUAAUGUGCGAAUCAGUCUUCCAGCUGUUUGCAUUGUGUGGCAAACAGCCAUGAUCAUCUUGUUUGGAGUUUUCAUUCGUUACAAUGAAGAAUCGGAUCCACACUGGAUAGAGUACAGGAAAGCAAAAAAUAUAUCAAGUGACAUUGAGAAUGACUUCUAUUUCAGAUAUCCAAGUUUCCAGGAUGUCCAUGUGAUGAUCUUUGUUGGAUUUGGCUUCCUUAUGACAUUUCUAAAGCGCUACAGCUUUGGCGCAGUGGGUUUCAACUUCCUCAUCGCGUCCUUCGGCCUUCAGUGGGCGCUCUUAAUGCAAGGCUGGUUCCACUCCCUGGACUACUCUGAUGGAAAGAUCAAAAUUGGAGUCGAAAACCUGAUCAAUGCUGACUUCUGUGUGGCGGGCUGCUUAAUAGCCUACGGGGCGGUGCUCGGUAAAGUCAGUGCAGUCCAGCUGAUGGUUAUGACUCUGUUUGGCAUCACAUUGUUCGCUGUGGAGGAAUAUAUCAUCCUGAAUCUCAUUCACGCCAGAGAUGCUGGAGGCUCCAUGGUGAUCCACACAUUUGGAGGUUAUUACGGUCUCUCCAUCUCGUGGAUGCUCUAUCGGCCGAACCUGGACCAGAGCAGUAACCUGCAGGGCUCCGUCUACCACUCAGAUGUCUUUGCCAUGAUUGGUACCCUCUUCCUGUGGAUGUUCUGGCCAAGCUUCAACUCGGCCAUCACAGACCACGGGGACGGGCAGCACAGAGCAGCCAUAAACACCUACCUGGCUUUGGCCUCAACUGUCCUCACUACUGUGGCGGUCUCGAGCCUCUUCCAGAAACAUGGAAAAUUAGACAUGGUUCACAUCCAGAACUCCACUCUCGCUGGCGGUGUUGCAGUGGGAACUGCAGCAGAGUUCAUGCUGAUGCCCUACGGGUCUCUGAUUGUGGGUUUCUGCUGUGGCAUCAUCUCCACACUGGGAUAUAUCUACCUCACGCCUUUCAUGGAGAAGUACCUGAAGAUCCAGGACACAUGUGGAAUCCAUAACCUGCACGCCAUGCCAGGAGUCAUAGGUGGCAUUGUGGGGGCCAUUACUGCCGCAGCUGCAUCCGAAACUGUUUAUGGCCCUGAAGGGCUUGUUAACACCUUUGACUUUGAGGGAGAUUUCAAAAACAUGGUCCCGACACGACAGGGUGGUCACCAGGCUGCAGGCCUCUGCGUGGCUAUCUGCUUCGGUGUGGGCGGAGGCAUCAUUGUCGGUUGUAUCCUAAGAUUACCGAUCUGGGGAGAUCCUGCAGAUGACAAUUGUUUUGAUGACGAGCCCUACUGGGAGCUUCCUGAAGAAGAAGAGGUCAUUCCCCCAAUCCUUCACUACAACAACCACAUGCAUAACAAAGAUAUAGCGGAGUCAAAUUUCACCGUGGAGCAGGCCUGACUCUAGGCCUCAGACCUGAUGGAUCUCUGUCUAUCAAAUAUGGCCCUUUUAUUCUUCCACUGGACUGUAAUAUUUAUUUGAUACAAUUAUAUCCCUCCAAUCAAAACCAGUUAAUUUUUUUUGUACAGUGUAUAUAUAUAUUUCUGUUAACAGUAUGUUUUGUCUGGAAUCGAAUCAUAAAUCUUUAGUGUUUGUUUGUUUAUUUGUUUGAAUUUAAAAAGUCUGCCAGUGGAGUACGAUCUUUUCUGUUUUGCAAGAUAUAUAUUUUCAGUUUAAAUCAAGUAAUGCACAAUCAAACAUAGACAUAGGUUUUGUUUCA